GAGGAUCAAUUCGUACUCACAAAAAAGAUUUGUUGGAUUCGGAUCUUUUAUUUAUCGCCUUAUUCAAACCUAAACUUAAUUCAGUUGCUGUUUAUUAUCUUAAGAACAUUUUAAUUAGAGG